CUCCUCUCCUCCGCCAUUGCCGCACCUCAUCACCUCCUCGUCUUCUUCUUCCACCUCGCAAAUCCGAUCAACACAUCAGCUUGAGAAACAAUGGACGCGCCGGCCAUGCUCACGACCAAGCACGUCCCCGAGGACGUCGGCCUCCGCAACGUCGCGGCGGCGGAGGAGGAGGGGGGACAGGGGCAGAUGCACCGUGGGGAGGAGAAGCAGCACAAGCCGGUGCUCAAGAAGGUGAAGGAGAAGGUCAAGAAGAUCAAGAACACCAUCGCCGGCGGCGGCGGCGGCGGCCACGGCGGGAACAACGGCGGCGAGCGCGCUAGCGGAAGCAGUAGCAGCAGCGAGGAGGGCGAGGACGAUGUGGCGGCGCAGAGGAUGGGUGACGUGGACCAGCGCGGGUACCAGGAGGACGUCGAGGAGGACAAGCCCGUCGCCAUGGAGUCCGAUCCCGAGGUCCAUGGCGCUCCGAUGUACGACUCGGCGAGGAUCCCCUCGGUGCAGGAGGUGGAGGGCGACGGCGGCGCGCCGAGGGUGCGGCUCGGCGACCUCGGCGGCCCCGUCGUCGAGGACCCGGCGGCGCCGCGCUCCACGACGCGCGUGCCGCGGGAGGGGGAGGACAUCGGCACGACGCCCGUCGUCCGCGCCUUCGAGUCGAUGAGCGUCUCCGACGACCCGAAGCACGUCGGCGCGGCCGGGAAGCCGGACGCCGACGUGCAGAACGACCCAAUGCCGGUGUCGGACGCCGCCACCGCCGGUGAGGAGUGGAAGGACGCGACGCCCGACAGCGCAGCUGCAGGCGCGACGCCCGGCGCGACGUACACCGACAAGAUCAAGUCGGCGGCGGCGGGCACCACGGAGUACGGCAAGAAGCUGGCCACCACGGUGUACGAGAAGGUCGCCGGCGUCGGGACGGCCGUGGCCGGCAAGGUGCGGCAGGUGACGCAGUCGGCCGGCACCGCCACACCAGGCGUCGCCGGCGGCGCCGCCGGCUCACAGUCGCAGGACGACGUCGACGCCUCCACCACCCUCGCCUCCGGCGAGCCGGCGACCGGGGGGCAGCAGCAGCAGGACAAGGGGGUAACAGUCACCGGCUACAUCGCCGACAAGCUCCGCCCGGGCGACGAGGACCGCGCGCUCAGCGAGGCCAUCUCCGGCGCGGUGCAGCGGCGCAAGGACGACGUGGCGCAGCGCGUUCCGGCCGUGGCGCCGGCGGCGCCGGGCGACACGAUCGCCAAGGUGCGGGAGGCGCCCGCGCAGGUGCUCGCCAAGGCGCGCGACGCCGUCACGUCGCUCACCGGCGGCACCCAUGUCUCCGACACCGUGCAGCCCACCACCACCACAGAGGCGGAUGGCGCGGAGGUGGAAUCGGCGCCGGUGAUUCGCGGGGAGGAGAUCGGCGAGACCCAACGUCAGCCGAACGUAAGCAUGACAUGAAGCGUUGUAGAAAUGGAUCCUCUCGUGUGUGUCUGUAUGUUGCCACGUAUACACGUGUAAGUGUAAGAAAAGUGUCAGUGUGCUUGGAAUAAUAAGCCGUUAUGUACGGCUUUUGUGUCGAUGUGCAGUUUUUGUUUUUUGAUGUCUUCUGUGUGUAUGUAAGCAAGCCCGUUUUGAAAAUGGCCAAGUUCAGUUGAAACUUGUAAUGGUUUGUGGACUUGUGAUACACACUGUUUGUUUCAACUAAUUGCUAGUACAAAAGUGUUCACCGUUUU